CAUAGCACGAGAAAUUCUCAUAUUAAAUUUUGAGGAAAAUAGAGAAAGAAAAAGAGAGAGCGAGAGAAGAUGUCGUCACAUUCAACGUCGUCCGUACUACUACCACUGCUACUCGUCGUUGUUCCUAUUUUCUUCUUCGGUGGCUCAGCCGAAGCCGCCGAAGCUCCGCUGUCGAGCGCGGCGAAGGAGUAUCUCCAGGCGCACAACCAGGCCCGAGCGGCGGUGGGAGUUGAGCCGCUGGAGUGGAGCGAGACCCUGGCAAACGCGUCGAGCCGGUUGGUUCGGUACCAGCGCAACAAGAUGAGCUGCCAGUUCGCGAACCUGACCAACAGCAGGUACGGCGCCAACCAGUUCUGGGCCGGAGGUGGCACGAGCACGCCGCGCAUGGCGGUGGACAAGUGGGUGGAGGAGAAGCAGUACUACAACCACGCCAACAACACGUGCGCUCCCAACCAAACGUGCGGUGUGUACACCCAAGUGGUCUGGAGGAAGUCCCUCCGUUUGGGCUGCGCUCAAGCCACGUGUGUGAAGGACCAGACCACUCUCACCAUUUGUUUCUACGAUCCUCCUGGAAACUACAUUGGAGAAAGCCCUUACUAAAAUUUUCUCUUUUUUUCUUUUUAAAAAAUAAAAAUAAUUAUAAAUAUCUUUAAAAAGACUUUUUCAACCAAUCCUAUUCUUACCUCAGGUGUUAGUACGUGUGGUUGUAAUAAUAAUUAAAAAAAAUAUUAGUGGUGUAAUUUAUUUAUGUUCCACGUGUAAACUCAUGAUUGGUUGAUCGCAAAGAUUAUGUUAUGUAAGGUUAUAAAUUUUCAAUCAAGGUGAUUAUUAGUGUGGUGUGACUGUGAUCCAAAA